CAAACAAAGAACUCAUAUCCACCAUGAAUCGCGCUGUGCUGAAAGGGAUAUGGUGCCAGUCAUGUCGCCAUGAAGUCGUCCGAUCAUUUGUCUCGCUGACUGGUGUCUCGGUGCCUCGCUAUGCGACGUGUCGCUCGUUAGUCUCCAAAAACUAUCCGAUGAGGACCUUUUCAGCUGUAUCUGGCUGGAGAUCGGACAAUACAUCGUCAAGCCUUGCAGAUACCCAGGUUGAAGCGGCCGAGAAUUCGAAAGAACAUGUUCCGUGGUAUUUGCGAGAAGGAACGGCCAAUGCCGAGUUGUCGACCCGGUCUUUCCGGCAGCAGGAGCUCCCAGAGCUCCCAGAGAACUCUCCCGCAAUUCUAUCGGAGAUUUUGACAUACUCAUACAAGGAUCUGGGUCUGGAUGACCUGAAAUUGAUAGAUCUACGAGGCCUUGACACACCUCCUGCCAUCGGCGCCAACGUCAUCAUGGUCAUUGGCACCGCUCGGAGUAUCAAACAUCUCAACGUCUCCGCCGACCGUCUGUGUCGCUGGCUCCGAAACACAUAUAGACUUGCGCCGUAUGCGGAUGGCUUACUGGGUCGAAAUGAGCUGAAGAUCAAGCUUCGCAGGAAAGCAAAGCGCGCUAGGAUCGCAAGUCAGGCGGGACUCACCAUUGACGACAAGGAUGAUGGGAUCACAACCGGGUGGAUCUGUGUCAAUUCGGGCGUCAUAAAGGAGGAAGAAUCCGAGCAGAAACAACCAGAAGCUAGAGCCUUCGAGGGCUUUGGUGACGUUGAUGCGGGAUCCAGGAUUGUCGUCCAGAUGUUUAUUGAAGAGAAACGAGAGGAGGUUGAUCUUGAAGGCUUGUGGACGGCUACCCUCGAGCGAGAGAACCGCCGGAAAUUGAAGGCAUCCAAGUCAACCUCGCCCCCCGUGCCUCCCACCGAUGAGGUUCGUUCUUCUUCCGCCGCUGUGAAAUCAUUAUAUUCUGACCAUGGACCUUCACGCUUUUUCAGACUCCCGGGGGAGACGCUACCCAAUCAUAGGAGACAACUACAUACGACACGCCGGCUUAUGACGCCCACUCACGAGGCGCCUUUUGCGGAGACAUCCUUGAGAGAUGCCGUGGUAGAUCAAGUGGAUUCGCGAGCGUCUGUAUCUCGGGGUCUGGAUGCCAAGGUCACGAUUUCUUCUCUUUUUCGAUCAUUAUCCUCCCUAUCGGACGACAAGGCUCGAGAGCAGCUUGGCACUGGCCCAGACGACCGUAACUCUACACUCUUCCUUCAACUAUUCUACGAUCAGCCUUCUGAUCUCCCAGUGGACGAAGUGGCGCUGGCAAAACUUGAGCUGUUCUGUAGAGCUGUGAGUCUACAGCACCAUGCAUACAGCAAACCGGCGCUCUGGGAACAUUUUGUCGGCUUUGCAUCUCUUGGAUCUCCUAUCUCGUUUGAUCUUGGCAUGCAGGUCGUUUCUGCCAUGUUAACUGAGAGACCGAGCGAUCCUUCAGCCUCUGGUUCUGUGAUAUCUCUGCCGGACACGGACAUUGAACUUGCCUUACGUGUUCUUGAUCUUCUGAGUUUCCACGGUACGGAUAUUCUGAAUAUGGAUGUAUUCAUUCUGCUGUACCAAGCGGCCGGUCGGUCACAUCGUGGAGAUGCAGAUGAACGGAGACGGUCGCUUGCGAGGAUUUCCAAGAUAAUCGAUGUUCUCGAUCUCGAGUUCGAUCCAGAGCAAGCCCGUCGGCUGAUGGAACUCAUGUUCUUGAACCAAGACUACGACGGUUUUUGGAAGCUCUGGCGCAAACUCCCUCUCUACGGUUUUGAACGGACAACCAAAGACUACAAGAUGCUCUUCAAGUUACACAUCGAUCUAGGCGAUGCGCACCGAGCAAGAGACUGUGUCCUGACCUGGGUGCCCAUGAUGAACAGGGAGGCCCCUCCUAUACCCAUGCAGGGGACACUGCUCAAGCGCGUCAUGUCCUGUAUCCAGCUUGCAGAGCCUGGUAUUACCGCUGCGUCGCAGAAUGGAUCCUCCAGCAGUCUUUCCAGAAUCUGGAACCAAUGCCAGGCGACUCGAGAGUCGGGACGUCACUAGCACGGAAGUCUUGUGUAAAUCAGUGUAUUAUAUAGCAUAUAGCAUGUAUAUCAGUAAACAACCCA